AGUAGCACGAUUGUAACGCUUGGUAUAAAGGUUAUUACAUCACCGGAAACUAAUGAAAACUUUUGUUUGGCCAGCAAUACUGUGACAUAUUUGUUCCUGCACCGUCAAAUCCCAGGGAAAGUCUACAGUCGGCCGGUAUCAAGACAGCACUGUAAACUAGGCAGCGAAAAGACAAGCUUGACCUGGAAACGACGUGGAAGGAAUCUGUCAAUAAAAUAGUCAGAAGAACUCGAUUUAUUUAAUUUUUAUGCUUGCCGACAGGAUGGGCUUUAAACGAAGAUGUAGUCGUUUCCGCUUGCGACGUAAAACGUCCUUCUUUUAUGUUCACGUUUAAAGAGAUUACGUUUGAAAUCUUAGUUUCAGUGUGUAGCCGAUUGUGAGCGUCUCAUCCAUUGUAAACUGCCCUUAAUAGCAGUGGUUGUUUGUUUUUUUUAACUGGACUUGAAAGGGGACUUUUUUUAAAGUUGUCCGCGAAUUAGUUCUUUUAUACGGAGAGAUUCUCAGAGAAUUUACAAUCCGUCAGCUAACAUUAAAGAUUUCGGAAGCAGGCAAAUCGAGAGCUGUGCUUCGGAUGGAUUUGCCUUGACGUUGCCCUGUCAGGUGCGGCUCAGAUACGUGUCACCUUUUAAUGACUGACCGGAGGUGUAUCUCCGCCGAGGGUUUUAAUCUCUGCAGACCUGUGCAGGCGGACGGCCGGUAGCCGAGGAUGGGCUCGUUGUUCAGGAGCGAGGAGAUGUGUCUGGCCCAGCUGUUUCUGCAGUCUGGGUCUGCGUACGACUGCAUCAGCGAGCUGGGCGAGAUGGGCUUGGUGGAGUUCAGGGAUCUUAACCCCAACGUCAACUCCUUCCAGCGCAAGUUUGUCAGCGAGAUAAAGAGGUGUGAGGAAAUGGAGAGGAUCCUCGGGUAUCUGCUGAGAGAAAUAAAAAAAGCAGAUAUUCCCUUACCUGAAGGUGAAGUCAAUCCAGUGGCUCCUCUUCCCAAGCACGUCCUUGUCAUAAUGGAACAGUUGCAGAAGCUAGAAGCUGAGUUAAGUGAAGUAACCAAAAACAAAGAGAAACUGAAAAAGAAUCUCUUGGAGUUGAUGGAGUACACUCACAUGCUGAGGAUUACCAGGAAUUUUGUCCAGAGAAACACAGAGGAACCCCUGCAGCCCCAGUAUGAAGAGUUUCCUUUCAUAGAAAAGGAGUCUGUGAUGGACUACAAUAACAUGCAGCGUCUGGGAGCCAAACUCGGGUUCAUAUCAGGCCUCAUACAACGAGUGAAAAUCGAAGCCUUUGAAAGAAUGCUCUGGAGGGUGUGUAAAGGAUACACUAUUCUUAGUUAUGCAGAGAUUAAUGAAAGUGUUGAAGACCCUGAUACUGGUGAAAUCACAAAAAGUGUAGUGUUCCUAAUUUCUUACUGGGGUGAGCAGAUUGGCCAGAAGGUUAAGAAGAUAUGUGACUGUUACCACUGUCACCUCUACCCUUACCCUGGCAGUAAUGAAGAAAGAAAUGAAGUUGUUGAGGGACUGCGAACUCGAAUUCAAGACCUGCACACUGUUCUGCACAGAACAGAAGAUUACCUGAAGCAGGUGUUAAGUAAAGCUUCGGAAUCUGUCUACACGUGGGUGAUCCAGGUCAAAAAGAUGAAGGCCAUCUAUCACAUCCUGAAUCUGUGCAGUUUUGACGUGACCAACAAGUGUUUGAUUGCGGAGGUGUGGUGCCCAGUGGAUGACCUGUCCACUCUGAGGAGAGCGCUGGAGGAGGGAUCUAGGAAAAAUGGAGCCACUGUUCCAUCUUUUGUGAACAGAAUACCAAGCACAGAGACACCGCCAACACUCAUCAGAACUAACAAAUUCACCUCAGGAUUUCAGAACAUCGUGGAGGCCUAUGGAGUUGGCAACUACAGAGAAGUCAAUCCAGCGCCUUACACCAUUAUCACAUUCCCCUUCCUCUUCGCUGUGAUGUUUGGAGACCUGGGCCAUGGGAUAGUCAUGGCUCUCUUUUCACUGUGGAUGGUAGUAUUUGAAAACAACCCCAAACUGAGGAAAACAAGAAACGAGAUAUGGAACACGUUCUUUGAAGGCCGAUACAUUAUCUUGAUGAUGGGUCUCUUCUCGCUAUACACGGGGCUCAUCUACAAUGACUGUUUCUCCAAGUCUCUAAAUAUAUUCGGGUCUGGGUGGAGUGUGCGGGCGAUGUUCGAGGGAAAACAUUGGAAUGACACAGAUGUCCACUCAAAUGCUUUUCUAACCCUCGAUCCCAACGUCACUGGUGUCUUCAGUGGACCUUACCCAUUUGGAAUAGAUCCGAUUUGGAACUUGGCGAAUAAUCGUCUCAGCUUUUUGAACUCCUACAAGAUGAAGAUGUCUGUCAUUUUGGGUAUUAUUCACAUGAGUUUUGGAGUCAUUCUGAGCGUCUUCAAUCACCUGCACUUCAGAAAGAAGUUCAACAUCUUCUUGGUGUUCUUCCCAGAGCUGCUGUUUCUGCUCUGUCUCUUCGGCUAUCUGGUGUUCAUGGUCGUUUAUAAGUGGUUAGCGUUCUCGGCCAUGGACUCCAGACUGGCUCCCAGCAUCCUCAUCCACUUCAUCAACAUGUUCCUCUUCCAGGGGAACAGCGGGGUACAGCCCCUGUAUCCUGGCCAGACGGGAAUGCAGGUGUUCCUAGUGGUGCUGGCGGUCCUCUCUGUGCCGGUGCUGCUGCUGGGGAAGCCACUUUACCUCUACUGGCUUCACCAUGGUGGAAAGCCUCUUGGCAUGUACAGGAAGGGCUACGAGCUGGUGCGCCGAGGGAGCGAGGAGGAGCUGUCUCUGCUCAGGGCGCUCGACCUGGAGGAGGGGGGAAGCCACACCGAGCACUCGGCCAGCAGAGAGAGCCCGCCGGAGGAGUUUAACUUUGCAGAUGUUUUCCUGCAUCAGUCAAUCCACACCAUUGAAUACUGUCUGGGAUGCAUCUCAAACACAGCUUCCUACCUGCGUCUCUGGGCCCUUAGCCUUGCACAUGCUCAGCUGUCGGAAGUCCUCUGGACAAUGGUGAUGAGAGUGGGGCUCCGUGUAAACACCACGGUGGGGAUCGUGUUCCUGGUGCCCGUGUUCGGCCUGUUCGCCGUACUCACCGUCUCCAUCCUGCUCGUCAUGGAGGGUCUCUCGGCGUUCCUGCACGCACUGCGGCUGCACUGGGUGGAGUUCCAGAACAAGUUCUACACUGGCUCAGGCGUCAAGUUCAUCCCUUUCUCCUUCUCACUCAUCUCCUCCAGUUUUGAACACGAGGGCUUGCUAUGAAAGCCUCAGAGCAAAGAGCUUGCAACGGGGAUUGCUUCACAUUGAACCUCAUAGCUGUACAGUUUGGUUUUCUUUUUUUUGUACUAAAACGGAUUGUUGCACUGACUGCCUUACGGAAUGCAACCAAAUACCAACAUAUCAUGUUUUAUUGUAAAACUCCGAUUUUAAAACCUUAGAUGCUGUGCAGUCUUUCAACAUGAGAUUUCAUUUUCCUCCACUGUUCAUUGUGAAUAUUUCAUCAAUACUAAACUAAACUGUGGUGGUGAGUGUGUGGGAGGAUGGAGAGUAUUUGCAUAAAGUUGUUUGAUCCAGGAGCCAUCAGAGAUGGAGCUACUUACAGAAUGCUCUUUUUAAAACUAGAAAAUUAAUAUAUUUUUUGACUCAUGAAGGCCAGAAAUAUACUUUCUAUACAUUCUAGGAAUAUAUGUGUAAUGUGACCUUUGUGUUUCUUACAUUUAAGCUCUGCUUUCUGGCAUUGACCUUGUGGCUGACAAUAGCAUAAGGAAGAGCUCUAUGUUAUAAUUGAAUGUACAUAAUGUAAUGCUUUAGAUAUUGAAUGUAUAUGUUGAAAGCUAUAAGUUGAAAUAGCUACUGUUUGUUGCUCAAGCCACUUUUCAGAAACUUUUGCAGCACUUUGCAGUCUGAUGAGAACUGCAAACAAAAAGAUUUAGAAACAUUUCAUACUCUACUAACAGUCUGGAAGCCUUAGAGAGAAGCCUAAAGGGUUCUUCUGAUCUGUAUGCUUUUAUAAACUAGCAGAAUUGCUGAGGUCUUGGCAAGAGCAACAUUUUUAUUAGUGCCACUUAUUUAUCUCGUUAAGUCAGAGCUAUAAUUACUACCCUUAAAAAAUAUGACUACAGUCAGGACCUGGUGUACAACUUAAUGUGAUGAAAUGUCAAUCCCUUAAGAAUGAACCAUUUUCAAGUGAAAUGAAGAACUUUAUUUUGCAUUAAUAUCUUUUAGUUGUACACGGCUGUUGACAACUAAAGGUUGAUUUUAAAGUGUAAGACGUAAACUGCUAAUGUGUUCCGAUCUAACCUAGUUCCAAGGAAAUCUACCUUACAACAUUGUAACAUCUGACACAGGGAAAACCAUAUGUGGACAGAUUUUAAACAAUUCAACCCGUGUAAGGUGGAACAAAACCAUUGCUAGGUUGGUCAAGACCAUCUAAAAUGGAUAAACAAAGACAGCCUUCACUUGAAACAAAAUAUGGAUAUCGGGAUCAGAGGAUUUACUGUAAGUAAAUGGACACUAUUUCUGGAUCUAGAGGAGGAGAAACUGUGUGCAACUGAAACUGCAGAGCAGAUGAUGGAAGCUCAGUCACUUGGGAAUUCAAAGAUUAACACUGAUUAAAACUACUUGAGAAUAUGCACCUAAAGCACUUCUCCUCAUCUAUAGUCUCACUUAUGUUCUUAUUUUGCCAAGAUGGCAUCAGCACUCUCACUUUUUCUGAUGCUGUGCUACUUUUACCCCUUACCAUUUUUUUUACUUGUCUUUGCUUCCCCGAGGUGAAUGUUGCAAAUGCUGAAAUUAAAAAGUAGCCACGAUGUACCUAGCUAGAAUCUAGAUGUUGUAGAUUUGGUAUAAGUGCCUCCAAGAAGAACAAAAAUGUUUUUUAUUCUAACAUUCACGCCCAGUUUGAGAGUUUGUAAGUUUCAUAUACAGUGUUGUAUUGUUUUCCAAAAUGCAUUACUUGAAUCCAUUGAUUUCCAAUCUGCCCACAUUUUAAAUUUCCAAUUUCAAAUAAGCUAAUAAAGUCUUAAUUUCAUUUAUAAAUG